UAACAAUAUGGCAGCGCCCAUGUGAACGUGAUGAUUUUACAAAGAACAUCUUUAAAUUUACGUAAUAUUCCAACAUUACACGUCACAAGAAUGUCUUCUGAGAGUAUAAAUGUAAAACAACGGAAGAAAGACUACGAGGAGGGAAUAUCCCUCCGAGCACAGAGAAGGAAACGAGCAUUUGUUUUAUACAGCAAGCAACAUAAAGAUGAUAAAGUAUGGAAAACCUCUGCGGACUUGGAACGUGAAACCUCAUACUAUAUAGAAAAUGGUUUGAGAAAAGUGUACCCAUAUUAUUACUCGUUUGGUAGUUUCAUCAAGGGGAGGUGGAUAGGAAAAACUGUAAUGGAAGUUUAUAAAUCAGAAUUUUAUACGUCCGGAGUUGAUCCUGUAAAAGAGUUUGAUAAUGGAAAUUUAACUGUGAAUGGGAAGAAAGUUCCUGUAGACUUUGUUCUAAAAAAUGGUAUGAGGAUGGAGCAUAGAUGUCACAGACAUGAGAUGCCAGUGUUAGACGUACCUAUAGAUAUAAUUGAUGAUACAGAAGAACUUGUUGUUGUCAAUAAACCAGCCUCGAUCCCGGUUCACCCGUGUGGUAGAUACAGAUACAACUCCAUCACUAUGCUGCUCAAAUAUGAAUAUGGAUAUGACAAUCUCAGGAAUCUGUAUAGGCUUGACAGACUUACCUCAGGGGUGUUGAUAUUUCCUAAAACCACAUCGGUGUCAAAGAAAUUAGAGAAACAGUUACAGGAUAAAGAACUACACAAAGAAUAUGUCUGUAGAGUGGUAGGAAAAUUUCCUGAUGGGGAAGUUGUAUGUAAUGAGCCUUUAGGCAGUAUGUCUUUAUCAAUAGCUUUAUGUAAAGUGGAUCCAAAUGGAAAGGAAAGUUCAACAACCUUUACAAGACUAAGUUAUAACGGGAAAACAAGCGUUGUUAAAU